AUGAAAGGAAACUUCUUGACGCUAAAGUGCAAGAAUUUCAUGAUAUGCGUCUUCAGGGUUGCGGAUUUUGAGGAGUGCUCUGGCGUGAGGGACGAUAGAAACUCGAGUAAUCUGAACGGCUUCUCCCUCGACUACCCGUUCUUCUACCGCGCCCCGUUUACCGUGCUCGACGACGGCUGGAACGCGUUCGACGUGGAGACGGAAUUCUCGCGAAUCUCGCUUUGCGCCCCCGAGCUCUACCGGAUAUCCGAGGUCAACAAGGAUUUUAAGGUACUGGCAACUGAGGGUGCUCUUAAUUCUCACUCCCAAUGGCGUUAUUUCAACUGUGCCUCGCCCAGGAUCAAGGAUUUACACGAUUCGCUGGCAAAAAUGGUUGAUAUAUGCCUGGACCGGUCGGUCUCGUCGGACCGCUGGAUGUCGAAGAUCGGGUCGGCCGGCUGGCUAUCCUCAGUGGCCGACUACCUGAACGCGGCGGCGAACGUGGCGCAAUGCGUGGCCUGCGAAGGUAGUUCAGAAGUCCCGGUGGUGGUCCACGGCGGCGAGGGCGUCGAUUCGACGCUUUUCGUCACGGCAUUGGCACAGAUUCUGCUCGAUCCGGACGCGAGAACGAUUAGAGGGUUCGAGUCGGUGAUCGAGCGCGAGUGGAUCUCUGGAGGACAUCCGUUUGGGUUGCGGAAUGCUCACUCGGCGUUCGCAGAGGGUGCCAUCACAGGCCCGUACGAAUCGCCCGUCUUCCUGGCCUUCCUGGAUUGUGUGUGGCAGAUGUGCGCCCAGUUCCCGCACUCGUUCGAGUUCACCGAGAAUUUCCUGCUCGACCUCUUCGAGCACUCGUACGCCUCAGAGUUUGGCUCGUUUCUGGGGAACAACGAGAUGGAGAAGUUCAAGCACAACGUGAAGAAGCACACCGUCUCCCUCUGGUCCUACGUCAACAACCCGGAAAUUCUGAAGGGCUACGUGAACACACUGUACGAGCCGAACGAGUCGGUGCUGUGGCCCAGCGUGUCGCCGCAGAGCAUUCAAAUCUGGGAGCGCCUCUUCCUACGCUGGCAACGCGACUGGAGCGAGGUCAACGCAAUUCGCGAGGCUGCGGCCCAAUGGCGCCUGAAGGAGCGCCAGCUGGAGAGCAAGGCACUGUCAUUACGAAGGCAACUCAUCGAGCUGACCCGCGAAGCUCAUCUGGCCAACGGCGUCGCCGCCGUCCAAUUGGGC